GUGGUGCCAUGUAGAGUUCCCUGUCUCCUCUCGGUUCCUCUGCUUUCUCCCGCACACUUGACGCAUCGUGCGUCGCUGCGUCGCCGGCAGAGGAGGCGUUUGCGCAUCGCACCACCACCGCUGCUGCUGCUGCUCAGGAGGAACCGGCUGUCCUGCACUGAAAGCCGGGGACAGACAACCGUCACGCUCCCUUCAUCGCCCCACUGUCCCCUCGGAGCCAUCCCUGCAGCUCAAGCAUUUCGCUUCUAGAGAUUUUACUCAGCGGCGUCACGAUGAUCAAGAACGGACAUCACCGCCACCAAGUGACCGCAGCUGCAGCGGCAGCACCCGGGAAAGACGCAGGGACCAACCCCGGAGCUGCAGCGUGCAGUCCCGAGAAGAGGAGGCGAAGAAUUCGGGUGUGGUGCGAUGGUUGCUAUGACAUGGUGCAUUAUGGCCACUCCAAUCAGCUUCGGCAGGCCAAGGCCAUGGGAGAUUACCUCAUCGUGGGAGUUCACACAGACAGUGAGAUCGCAAAGCACAAGGGUCCGCCAGUCUUCACCCAGGCAGAAAGAUACAAGAUGGUGCGGGCCAUUAAAUGGGUGGAUGAGGUCGUGCAAGGAGCGCCUUACGUCACCACCCUCGAGACCCUCGACAAGUACAACUGUGACUUCUGUGUGCACGGAGAUGAUAUAACUCUAACAGUGGAUGGUAAGGAUACGUAUGAAGAGGUGAAGAAGUCAGGACGCUACAGGGAGUGUAAGAGAACCCAGGGAGUUUCCACUACAGAUCUGGUCGGCAGGAUGCUGCUGAUGACCAAAGCACACCACAGCAACAUUGAUAGUUCAGACUAUCAGCAGCACACGGACAACUUUGGAAAGGGGUCGCAUGCUCAGAGGGGCCACAGUCCCUGGACGGGGGUGUCUCAGUUCCUGCAGACGUCCCAGAAGAUCAUCCAGUUUGCCUCAGGCCAGGAGCCUCAGCCUGGGGACACCAUCAUCUAUGUGGCCGGAGCCUUUGACCUCUUCCACAUUGGCCACGUAGAUUGUCUUGAAGCUGUGCAUAAGCUGGCAGAGAAGCCCUACAUCAUAGUGGGGUUGCACUUCGAUCAGGAGGUGAACCGUUACAAAGGGAAAAACUACCCCAUCAUGAAUGUCCACGAGAGAACGCUGAGCGUCCUGGCUUGUCGAUAUGUGUCAGAGGUGGUGAUUGGUGCACCCUUUGCAGUCACAAAAGAUUUGCUGGAACAUUUCAAGGUGGAUCUCGUUUGCCACGGAAAGACAGAAAUAUACCCUGACAAAGAUGGAUCUGACCCUUAUGCUGAGCCCAGGAGGAUAGGAAUCCUGCGCACGGUCGACAGUGGGAACAUCCUCACUACAGAUGCCAUCGUGCAGAGGAUAAUCAAAAACAGGUUGCUGUUUGAAGCGAGGAACCAGAAGAAGGAGGCCAAAGAAAUCGCUGUGAUCCAGGCCAUGAAGCGGAAAGAGGAGGAGAAGACCAAAGAAAGUGCCCAGGCUGUGGUGUAGGGGAGCCCCCCCCCCCCCACCCCCUUAAAAAAAGGCAUAGACAUAUUAAGUGUCACUACAACCCUGACAAGUUCAACGAAUCUGUUAUAAAUUCCAAACCCGACCGGGGCUCAGAGCAGCAGCCUGUUUGAGGCUGGAGUGGCUGCUGUCUGGGCUCAUCAGGUAUACCAUGUGUGUUUGUGUAUAUUAAUAUCACUUCAUAUGCAACUAAAUGUUCACGUCAGUCAGUCACACACAGAAUUAUGGAACUGCUGAAGUUUGGACAAUACAAAGAAACGUUAGAAAAAGGAAGAUAUCACCAUGUCUUCAAGUGUCUAUUCUAUGUUUCGGGUGGAAAUUUUAAACUCAUGUACCGGUUAUAUUUUUUGAUUUAAAAAAAGAAGGCAUAUUAUACUAUGUAUUUUGGCGUCUUGAAAGCAAGUGCAGGGUUCUGGGAUGCUGGUCAGGCAUUGAGCUAUAGCAAGAAGGAGAGAUUUCACUCGUUGGUUCCAAACAACGGGCUCAGGCCCAAAACUGAUUUAUCGUUGUAUAUACUGUAUGUACUGUACGUAUGUAUUAUAAAGUGAUUGCAGGUGGUCUGGAGGAUGAUGAAACCACUAAAGCAUCAGAAAGUGAGAGGGUCGAGGAAUCUCUUCUGGGAACUCAUGUAUAUAACAGACCCGGCUCCAGACUGCACUGGUCUCUCAUAAACCACAUGAAAUGGUUGAAUUUAGUUUGAAGAGCAGGUUUGUAACAAAAAAAAAAAGCACAGUGUUGAGACCUGCACGCCUUGCCUUUUGAGUGCACCUGUUAUUUCUCUUUUCUUUUCUUUUUUUAAACCAACACUUUAUUCUAAUAUAGAAAAAGGUACAGUCUGAUUUUAACCUUUAGAUUUAAUUACAGAACUAUGACGUAAAAUAAACCACUUCCUGUCACUUCUGGAGCCCUGAACAACUCAUCCUGUCUCUAUAUCAAACAGGAUUAAAUAAUAUAUUUUUUUGUAGAUGUAUAUUUUACUCACCUCCUCCUCAUUAACCGAUGUAUAGAUUCACAUUGUUUAAAAAAGCAAAGUCAUAUAUCUGUGUGUCAAGUUGGAAUGUAAUUCAAUGUCAGCUAUAAUAAAUGUUAUUGACAACU